CCGCCGCUCCCGCUGGGCUUCCCGGCUCCGCCUGGCGCCCUCCCGCUGGCUCCGGGUCCGCGGAGGUGUGUUCUCAAGUGCCAAAGAGGCCUGGCUUUCUGGGGGUGAUUCCGAGGCAUUGGGGUGCAGAGAGGAGACCCUCCUGGGAAGUGAAGGAUGACCAAGAGCAACGGGGAGGAGCCCCGGGCAGGCGGCCGGAUGCGGAGGUUCCAGCAGGGCGUCCGCAAGCGCACGCUCCUGGCCAAGAAGAAGGUGCAGAGCAUCACCAAGGAGGACGUGAAGAGUUACCUUUUCCGAAAUGCGUUCGUGCUGCUCACCGUCACCGCGGUCGUUGUGGGGACGAUCCUCGGGUUCACACUCCGGCCGUACAAAAUGACCUACCGGGAGGUCAAGUACUUCUCCUUCCCGGGGGAGCUCCUGAUGCGGAUGCUGCAGAUGCUGGUGCUGCCGCUGAUCAUCUCCAGCCUCGUCACAGGAAUGGCGGCUCUGGAUAGAAAGGCGUCGGGGAAGAUGGGAAUGCGAGCUGUCGUCUAUUACAUGACUACGACCAUCAUCGCCGUGGUGAUUGGCAUCAUCAUGGUCAUCAUCAUCCACCCGGGAAAGGGCACAAAGGAGAACAUGCACCGGGAAGGCAAGGUCAUACAGGUGACGGCUGCAGACGCCUUCCUGGACCUGAUCAGGAAUAUGUUCCCUCCAAACCUGGUGGAAGCCUGCUUUAAACAGUUUAAAACCAACUAUGAGAAGAGAAGCAUUAAAGUGCCCGCUGCGUCUAACGAAACACUCCUGGGUGCCGUGAUCAACAACGUGUCGGACGCCAUGGAGACGCUUUCCAAGAUCACAGAGGAGAUGAUCCCCGUGCCAGGCUCUGUGAACGGGGUCAAUGCCCUGGGCCUGGUCGUCUUCUCCAUGUGCUUUGGCUUUGUGAUCGGAAACAUGAAGGAGCAGGGACAAGCCCUGAAGGACUUCUUUGACUCUCUCAAUGAGGCCAUCAUGAGGCUGGUGGCAGUGAUAAUGUGGUAUGCCCCCCUGGGCAUCCUCUUCCUGAUUGCAGGCAAAAUAGUGGAGAUGGAGGACAUGGGCGUGAUCGGCGGCCAGCUGGCCAUGUACACCGUGACGGUCAUCAUCGGCCUGCUCAUCCAUGCCGUCAUCGUGCUGCCGCUGCUCUACUUCCUGGUGACGCGGAAAAACCCGUGGGUGUUCAUCGGGGGGCUGCUGCAGGCGCUCAUCACGGCGCUGGGCACCUCCUCCAGUUCGGCCACCCUGCCCAUCACCUUCAAGUGCCUGGAAGAGAACAACGGCGUGGACAAGCGCGUCACCAGGUUCGUGCUUCCGGUGGGGGCCACCAUUAACAUGGACGGGACCGCCCUCUAUGAGGCUCUGGCUGCCAUCUUCAUCGCCCAAGUCAACAACUUCGACCUGAACUUCGGACAGAUUAUCACGAUCAGCAUCACGGCCACGGCGGCCAGCAUCGGGGCGGCCGGGAUCCCGCAGGCGGGCCUGGUCACUAUGGUCAUCGUGCUGACCUCCGUGGGCCUGCCCACCGACGACAUCACGCUCAUCAUCGCCGUGGACUGGUUCCUGGACCGCCUGCGCACCACCACCAACGUGCUGGGAGACUCGCUGGGGGCCGGCAUCGUGGAACACUUGUCCCGCCACGAGCUGAAGAACCACGACGUGGAGACAGGGAACUCCGUGAUCGAGGAGAACGAGGUGAAGAAGCCCUACCAGCUCAUCGCCCAGGAGAGCGACGCGGAGAAGCCCGCCGACAGCGAGACCAAGAUGUAGACCGGCGGGAAGACGUGCUCUCUGAGCAGCGGGGUCGGAAACCCCUGACCACACGUGUCCAUCUCGUUCCAGCGUGUCCUCCCCGCCAGCCCCAUGCUCCCUGGUCCUCCCCACUCCGGUAGGGUCUGCCAGGGCCACUCCAGCUCCAGGGAGGGCGUGGCAGCGGCCAACGUGUUCCUCCCACAUCCGAAAGUUUCAAGUCUUUUCGUGUUGGCCUUAGACAGAAGGUACCGGGAUAAAAAAAAAAAAAAAAAAAAAAAAGGUCCUGAUCAGAUUUUGCAAGUAUAUGAGACACACAAUCCUGUGAAUGUGCUAUUUUUAUAAGUUAAGGAGUCAACAAAGAGUAGGCUAAACACGUGCUUAAUUCGACUUUCCAAAAAGUCCCUCAGAACACACUUCAAUUUUAGGAUCAAAACAGAACAACUUGAUAAACUGCACUUGGCUUUCAGUUGGACGGAAGGGUUUUCCCCCCUUUCUGUCCUGAUUGGUGUUUCUGUUUUACCAGUAGCAGGACCCUAUGAGUCCAUACCUAGCACAGCUGUGAGGAGGUGCCCAAAGUGGCGUGGCCGUGGGCAAGUUACGUGUUAUCUCUAGGCCUCAGUGUCCUCAUCUGUAAAAUGGGUGAGUUCCCUAACCGCCUUCGCGGUCAUGGUUACCCGGACAUCCUGUGGCAUCAUGGCCAGCCUGUUCUCGAUCUCCCCCUGGGAGCAUCCAGGAGCAAGCAUGUCCCAUGGAGGUAACCAGGAAUGAGGAGGGGCAGGCUGGGUGCGGGUGGCCAGGUCCCGUGUACACAAUGUCAGCUGCACACGUCACCAGGCCAGAGGAGGCGUGGACUUAAAUCGCCUCACUCAGUUCUUCCCUCUCCUGCCCUCCCCCGGGCUGGGCUGGGCUGGGAAGGAUCCUUCCCACCAGGCCUCCACUGACGCUAGAUUCGUAGAAACUAAAACAUAAGACUAGCAGCUAGCACGGGUGCUCACGGCCUGACUGUGGAACAGGACAGAGCCAGCAAGGGGAGACCAUUCUAAAGAGGAUUUUUAAACACAAGGUUAUAGAGAGGUCGUCUUUAAGGAAGGAUUUUCUAAUGAAAGAGGUUCUUUUUUUUUUUUUUUUCUUUUCUUAACCAGAAACGCUUUUUCUCUUCAGUUCAGAAACAUUCCCCAAGGAAGUCUGCAUAUCAAAAUAUGCGAUUCCUUCUUCUGUGUUUGAAACAAGUCACAUGAGUGAGCUCUCUCUCU